UUUCCGGUUUCCGGCGAGAGGGCCAGAGUGAGUGUUUACACCGGCGGCUCUGCGGCCGGGUUCCUUCCGCGGGACGGGUGAGGGCGCUGGGCCCCGGGCUGCGGGGGGCCUCGACGUAUGUCCUUUUGUUAGAUGGUCCAACGGCAGCGGGAGAAAGAGAGAGCGCGAAAGAGAGAGGAUGUCUCUCUCAGACUGGCACCUGGCAGUGAAGCUGGCUGACCAACCACUUGCCCCAAAGUCCAUUCUUCGGUUGCCAGAGACAGAGCUGGGAGAAUAUUCGCUGGGAGGCUAUAGUAUUUCGUUUCUGAAGCAACUCAUUGCUGGAAAACUCCAGGAAUCUGUUCCAGACCCUGAGCUGAUUGAUCUGAUCUACUGUGGCCGGAAGCUUAAAGAUGACCAAACCCUUGACUUCUAUGGCAUUCAACCUGGGUCCACAGUCCAUGUUCUGCGCAAGUCCUGGCCCGAGCCUGAUCAGAAACCAGAACCUGUGGAUAAAGUAGCUGCCAUGAGGGAGUUCCGGGUGCUGCACACUGCCCUGCACAGCAGCUCUUCCUACAGAGAGGCGGUCUUUAAGAUGCUGAGCAAUAAGGAAUCUUUGGAUCAAAUCAUUGUGGCCACCCCAGGCCUCAGCAGUGACCCCAUUGCACUCGGGGUUCUUCAAGACAAGGACCUCUUCUCUGUCUUUGCUGAUCCCAACAUGCUUGAUACGUUGGUGCCUGCCCAUCCAGCCCUGGUCAAUGCUAUUGUGCUGGUUCUGCACUCGGUGGCGGGCAGCACCCCAUUGCCGGGGGCUGACUCCUCUUCCCGGAGCAUGCCCUCCAGCUCGUACCGAGACAUGCCAGGUGGCUUCCUGUUUGAAGGGCUCUCAGAUGAUGAGGAUGACUUUCACCCAAGCACCAGGUCUACGCCCUCUGGCAGCACACCCAGCUCCCGCCCAGCAUCCCUGGGAUACAGUGGAGCUGCUGGGCCCCGGCCCAUCACCCAAAGUGAGCUGGCCACCGCCCUGGCCCUGGCCAGCACUCCGGAGAGCAGCUCUCACACACCGACUCCUGGCACCCAGGGCCAUUCCUCAGGGACUUCACCAAUGUCCUCUGGCGUCCAGUCAGGGACACCCAUCACCAAUGAUCUCUUCAGCCAAGCCUUGCAACAUGCUCUGCAGGCCUCUGGGCAGCCCAGCCUCCAGAGCCAGUGGCAGCCCCAGCUGCAACAGCUACGUGACAUGGGCAUCCAGGAUGAUGAGCUGAGCCUGCGGGCCUUGCAGGCCACUGGGGGGGACAUCCAGGCAGCCCUGGAGCUCAUCUUUGCUGGAGGAGCCCCCUGAACUCCCAGCCCUGAGCAGGCUGCAAAGGCUGCUGCCCAUGGGAGGCACUCAUGAAGGUGCCACCAUCUCUCCUCUCCCCAAUACACCUACCUGAUAGUUAAUCCUCUC